UCACGUGAAGUUAGCCGCACAACGCGACAGCGGGUGAGCGAGCGAGUCGUCGUCAUCCGCGGUUGCGUUCCGGUCGGUUCCGGUGAAUGUCAGUACGAGUGUCGGAUGGUGGUGUCGGUCGUCGUUUAAUAUUCGUUCAAAAUUCGCCGACGGGCGAUGCGAUAGACGGAGAGCGUCGUCUCCGAAGAAACCGCGUUCUCGCGGUUCUGUUCUAUUAUCGCUUCGAAGAAUCAAAUGUAGCUGUCAUCUUCCAGCUUAGAUUCGUAGACAAAGGUUAUGUGGCAAUAGAAUCAGAAGGUGGUGAAAGAUGCUGGCAGUUAGCCAAGUAGAGAUACAAUAUAGUUACAUAUACAGCUGCUCAUUAGCUUGCACCAAUGUUGACACACUGACCAACGAGCACUAAAUGAGCAUAAAUCUCCAGCUGCAGUGUUGGGAGUGGUGAUGAUGCAAAAUAAUUCCAAAACCAGAGAAAUGUUUAUCGUACGAGCUUUGGAAAAGAUAUUAGCUGAUCGGGAUGUCAAGCGUUCGCACCUCUCGCAGCUUAGGAAAUCCUGCGAGUCUGCACUUGAGGAUCUUCGCAAUGAGAUAAAGGAUGUACCAGUUGUGCAAGGUGUAGAGGUGACAUCCAAUGCAUUACCACAGCCUAAGAGCGAUUCGAAUGUCAUCACUGCAGAAAAGUACUUCUUGCCGUUCGAACUAGCAUGUCAAAGUAAAUCGCCGCGGAUCGUGGUGACUGCGCUUGAUUGCUUGCAAAAGCUAAUAGCGUAUGGUCACCUGACCGGCAAUGUGCCUGACUCUACGCAACCGAGCAAACUGCUGAUUGUGCGCAUCGUCGAGACCAUCUGUACCUGUUUUACUGGUCCGCAAACCGACGAGGGUGUACAGUUGCAGAUUAUUAAAGCUUUAUUAACUGUGACGACCAGCCAACAUGUAGAGGUGCACGAGGGUACAGUGCUGCUAACGAUUCGCACUGUUUACAAUGUCUACCUGGCAUCGCGUAAUCUGGUGAACCAGACAACGGCUCGCGCGACUCUCACUCAGAUGAUCAACGUGAUCUUUGCGCGUAUGGAGUCUCAGGCCGAAGAAGAGAGCGUGAAGAUCGACGGAGAGUCUCAGCAAGAGGGAGGAGGAGGCACCGUUGUAGCGAAUGGUGAGGCUGAAGCAGAGCUAAGCACGGAGAAUGUCACCAACGGCGAUGCCACAGAUCCUCAGACGAUCGUCAGAGGCAUUCUCGACGAUGUGGUGAAUUCCGUGGUGCCAUUGGAGGAGGAGGUCAGUCUUGAAAAUGGGCCGGAAGACAACGGCGACGAAGCGACCGCCGAGAACGACAAUAUGGUCACAGCCAAGUUCACGCAUGUAUUGCAGAAGGAUGCAUUCCUCGUGUUUCGCGCUCUUUGCAAGCUUUCGAUGAAACCGUUGCCGGACGGCACGCCAGAUCCGAGGUCGCAUGAACUCCGCUCGAAGAUUUUGUCGUUGCAACUAUUACUGGGAAUUCUACAAAACGCCGGCCCGGUGUUACGCUCCAAUGAGAUGUUCGUCAUCGCGAUCAAGCAAUACUUAUGCGUUGCCCUGUCGAAGAACGGAGUCUCGUCGGUGCCGGAGGUGUUCGAGUUGUCGUUGGCGCUAUUCUUGGCACUGCUUGCGCGCUUCAAAGUGCAUCUCAAAAUGCAAAUCGAGGUGUUCUUUAAGGAAAUCUUCAUGAAUAUCCUUGAAACUUCCAGCAGCUCCUUCGAGCAUAAAUGGAUGGUUAUACACGCACUCACUAGGAUCUGCGCGGAUGCUCAGAGCGUCGUAGACAUCUAUGUUAAUUACGACUGUGAUCUCUCCGCCGCCAACCUUUUUGAAAGGCUUGUCAACGACCUAUCUAAGAUCGCCCAGGGUCGUCAGGCCUUGGAACUUGGCGCAUCGCCAAAUCAGGAGAAAUCUAUGCGCAUCCGCGGUCUCGAGUGUCUCGUGUCUAUCUUAAAAUGCAUGGUAGAAUGGAGCCGGGAUUUGUACGUAAAUCCCAGCGUGCCUGCAGAUCAGCAACCGUUGUCAGAUCCGCCAGAUCCGGCACCGGAGACUUUGCUACCACGCUACGGCAGUGCUGGCAGUCUUUCAUCGGCCAACUCCAGCUUGACCGGCAACAAGGAGGUUCCAGAUUCGCCAGAACAAUACGAAGUGCAGAAACAGCAAAAGGAAGUGUGGGAAGCCGGCAUCGAGAUCUUCAGUCGAAAACCUGGAAAGGGUGUGCAAUAUCUGCAAGAGCAGGGUUUGCUUGGAACAUCGCCGGAGGACGUGGCCAGGUGGCUACAUCUGGACGAACGACUUGACAAGACAGCCAUCGGUGAUUUCCUAGGCGAUCAUAACCAUAACCAGGUGAUGUACCACUACAUCGACCAGAUGAAUUUCGCCGAGCGCGACUUAGUCACCGCACUCAGGUAUUUCUUGGAAGGAUUCCGACUCCCCGGCGAAGCGCAGAAAAUCGAUCGUUUGAUGGAGAAGUUCGCCAGUCGUUAUUGCGAGUGCAAUCCUAAUAAUGGGCUAUUCACCAGCGCGGAUACAGCUUAUGUCCUCGGCUUUUCCAUUAUUAUGCUGACGACCGACUUGCACUCGCCACAAGUCAAGAAUAAGAUGACUAAGGAACAGUAUAUUAGGUUGAAUCGACGUAUCAGCGAUAAUGAAGAUCUCCCUGAGGAAUAUCUUUCCAGAAUCUACGACGAAAUUGCUGGUAAUGAGAUCAAGAUGAAAUCGAACACGAACAACAGCCGACUCGCCGGCAAGCAGCUGAUCUCGAGCGAGAAAAAACGACGAUUGUUGUGGAAUAUGGAAAUGGAGGUGAUCUCCACUGCGGCGAAGAAUCUCAUGGAGUCCGUGAGUCACGUUCAAGCACCGUUCACCACGGCUAAACAUUUGGAGCACGUGCGGCCGAUGUUCAAGAUGGCCUGGACGCCGUUCCUUGCAGCUUUUAGCGUCGGGCUUCAAGAUUGCGACGAUCCGGAGAUCGCGUCGCUCUGCUUGGACGGCAUCAGGUGUGCCAUUCGUAUUACCUGCAUUUUCCACAUGAGUCUAGAGCGCGAUGCCUAUGUACAAGCAUUGGCGAGAUUCACUCUGCUGACGGCUAACUCCCCCAUUACCGAGAUGAAAGCAAAGAACAUCGACACUAUCAAGACCCUCAUCACAGUAGCUCAUACCGACGGCAACUAUUUGGGUGGUUCAUGGCUCGAUGUCGUCAAGUGCAUCUCGCAGUUAGAGUUAGCACAACUCAUCGGUACAGGUGUGAGGCCUCAGCUAUUGGGUCCACCAUCGAAGCCACACUUUCCUUCGCCGUUAGCGAAUUUCGGUAAUCUCACACAUUCUGUCGGUUCGCAUCAAGCCAACAGUCUGAACUUGAGCUCGCUGGACCCCAGCGUAAAGGAGUCCAUUGGCGAGACCAGCUCGCAAAGCGUUGUCGUGGCCGUCGAUCGCAUCUUCACCGGCUCCACUAGACUCGACGGUGACGCUAUUGUUGAAUUUGUCAAAGCUCUCUGCCAGGUCUCUCUUGAAGAGCUGGCACAUCCCACACAGCCGCGUAUGUUUUCCCUCACGAAAAUCGUCGAAAUCUCGUAUUAUAACAUGGGACGCAUCAGGUUGCAGUGGUCUAGAAUUUGGCAAGUUCUUGGUGACCAUUUUGAUAGGGUAGGAUGUAGUCCUAGGCAAGAGAUCUCGUUCUUCGCCGUAGAUUCUCUGAGGCAGCUAGCCACCAAAUUUAUCGAGAAAGGCGAAUUCGCCAACUUCAGGUUCCAGAAGGAUUUCCUUAGGCCGUUCGAGCAUAUUAUGAAAAAGAAUAGGUCUCCCGUCAUCAGAGAUAUGGUCGUUAGAUGUGUGGCGCAGAUUGUUCAUUCGCAAGCACCCAACAUCAGAUCUGGUUGGAAAAACAUCUUUAGUGUCUUCCAUCAUGCAGCUAGUGAUCGUGACGAAUCUGUCGUUGAGUUAGCUUUCUCGAUGACUGGCAAGAUAAUAAAUGAACUGUAUGCGGAGGAUUUCAGCAUUAUGGUGGAUUCCUUCCAGGACGCUGUCAAGUGUCUGAGCGAGUUCGCAUGUAAUGCGUCUUUCCCAGACACCAGCAUGGAGGCAAUUCGGUUAAUACGUUCCUGCGCGUCGUAUAUCGACGCGAAUCCCAACCUGUUCGCCGAGGGUAUGAUGGACGACAGUGGGAUGGUGUCCGAGGAGGACCGAGCCUGGGUAAGAGGUUGGUUCCCACUACUGUUCGAAUUAUCUUGCGUAGUCAGCAGAUGCAAAUUGGACGUCAGGACGCGCGCAUUGACAGUGCUCUUCGAUGUUGUCAAGACACAUGGCGCAUCUUUUAAACCUCACUGGUGGAAGGAUCUCUUUCAGGUCCUUUUCAGGAUUUUCGAUAAUAUGAAGCUACCCGAGCAACAUACUGAGAAAGCGGAGUGGAUGACAACAACGUGCAACCACGCGCUUUAUGCCAUCGUAGACGUCUUCUCUCAAUUCUAUGACAUUUUGGGCCCAUUAUUGCUGGAGCAGCUGUACUCCCAACUGCUGUGGUGCGUUCAACAGGACAACGAACAGUUGGCUCGAUCGGGUACUAAUUGCUUAGAGAACCUGGUCAUCAGCAACGGUAUUAAGUUUGACGAGCAGACUUGGGAAAAGACGUGUCAGUGCGUGCUAGAUAUCUUCGAGAGUACUUUACCGUCGGCGUUGCUCACAUGGAAGCCUCAGUCGCCUAACAAGGAAUCCGAUCUUGAUGUGAUCACUGGCGAGGCGGAUGGUCACCACGUUGGAAUCUUAAAAAGGAGCAACAGUGCGCAGAGUCUCAGCACUGAGUCUUCUUUGCCGAAGGCGAAACUUUUCUCAGCAUUGUUGAUCAAGUGCGUGGUUCAAUUGGAACUGAUACAAACCAUUGAUAACAUCGUCUUUUAUCCGGCGACUUCACGUAAGGAGGAUCAAGAAAAUUUGGCGCUCGCGCAGGCUGAUAUGUUGAACGGCAAGACAUCAGAGCUUGUAAAGGCUGGCGCCGAUCAGCAAAAAGAGGAGCAAGGCAUGUAUUGUGCCUUGACAACUGAUCAUCUUCUUCAACUGGUCGAGUGCUUGUUGCGAUCACAUCGUUUUGCCAAAAGUUUCAAUUCGGAUCAUGAACAGCGCAAUGUGCUGUGGAAAGCUAGCUUUCGUGGCAAUAUGAAGCCGAAUUUGCUGAAACAGGAGACACAAUCACUCGCCUGCGCGUUACGCAUUCUUUUCAAGAUGUAUAGCGACGAGGUACAUCGCGCUGACUGGCCUAAAGUCGAGGCGCGGCUGGUUGAGGUUGCAUGCGAGGCUCUCGAGUAUUUUCUCGCGAUCGCCAAUGAGGCCCACCGCGACGCAUGGACGCCGAUUUUGCUGUUACUGCUCACCCGUAUCCUCAAAAUGAGCGAUCAUCGUUUCGCGGUGCACGCAUCAACUUGCUAUCCUUCGCUUUGCGAAGUUAUGUGUUUUGAUCUUAAACCGGAGCUUAGGUCGGUCUUGCGAAGAUUCUUUCUCAGGAUCGGACCAGUCUUCAGGAUUACGCAGCAGUAGUGAUGAGUCAACAAGUAGCAAUGGGAUGAUGAUGAAGCUCGAGAUAGUUUCGAUUCGAAGUGGUACAGCGUAGGUUUCUAAUUGCUUUGAGUAUUAUUCGGAUUCAAGUACUCUCGACAUCUUGACAAUCCUAAAAGGUUGCAUAGUUCUGAUAACCUUAAGAGUCAGAACUCGAGAGUCAGAAGAGUUUUGAAAUUACUAUUUUCUUCAAAAUUGCAAAAAUAACAUCACGAAUAAAUUAGAUGUCUCAAGUUUGUUAGUAUUCGUCAAUAUCUAUUGUAUCCACAAUAUUUAGUACUGUAACAAAAGUUUUCAAAUUUAUGAAAAUUUAAAUUUAGCUAUAUAGUAUCAUGAAAAAGGAUUUUAAUGUUCCAAAAGUUUUGAGGCUUUUAGAAUUAUUCAAAUUAUCUGUCAACAUUUUUAAAGAGUUCUCAUAUCUUGCAAGAUUUCAAUAUUUCAAUGCUUUAAGACUUUCAAGAUUUUUAACAAUUUUAUAAAAAUUUUAGCUUCAACAAUAUUCUAAAGACUAAUAAGCAACAUAAAACUGUAAAGUCUUAUUGAAAGUUUACAUCGGGUUUCGGAAAGAGAUCUUCAUUUGAAAUAAUAUUUUCAGCGGUUCGAAAUCCUGCGCUGAAACUGUAACGUCUGAACACUUGCAAAGAGAUAAGAUUGAAUGCCUAUUGUCUACAUAGUAGUGAAAAUGUAAUUAAUUGUAAAGCGCGGUUAGAUACUUCGGCCCAUAUUAAACUACUCGCAUACGAUCCAACGUUUUGCAUAAGUUUUUGUUGCACAAAGUUUUUUGAACGAAUUUACAUUGCUUUGCAUCUCACACAUUUCAUGUUGAACUUUCGAUUUGUCUUUACUAUGUAACACCACAUUUAACUCUAAAUAUAGCCUAUCUUUUAUUCGUCCAAUAUGCAAAUUUAUGAGUAGCAUGUGUCAAUAACAUUCUACAAUAAAAUGCAUUGUGACAAUUUACUACUUAAUUAAAGUAAUAUUCCAAUUUAUAGUAUCAAGUAAUAGUUAUAUUUCAUUCAUUAUAAAUAAUCUGCACAUCCAUAUUUCACAUUUAAUGCUAAACGUGUAAUGUGAAUAUUCACUAUCGUGCACAUGUUCACGCAAGGUUUGUCGCAAAAAUCGUUGGAUCGCAUACGAGCCGUUUAACGCUGUGUGUACACACAUGCGUUUAUGUAAUAUAUUGGAAUAUAUACACAUAUAUAAAGUGAGAUGAAAUAUUGUGGGAAUCGGCGACAUAAAAAUAUAUGUGUCUUCGACGAACUCGAAGUUGAUUCUCUUUUAGCAUAAUCUGGAGUAGUAAUCAUUUGUGCCGAUUUUUUUUCAUUUAAUUUUCAUUAUACGUUGUAGAAAACAAAUCGCUAAGCAAUGUGCAAUACAAUGAUAAAGGACUGGAUUUAAGAAUCUGAUACACUGCAGAAGAAAAGACAUUGAAUUUUUCAACUGAAGUUACGUUUUAUAUUUAUCUGUUAUUCAUUAAUGUCUGUGUACCCGCAAGAACGCAUAUAAUUUGCACUUGAAAUAUUUCACCAAACGGACCACUCAUUGUUAUUCCCAAGACAUUUGAUCAUUUUUUAAUUUCAAGCUCGACGAUAUCUUGCUAAUUACGGUAUCAUAUGAAAUUCGAAAUAUCUCGGCAUUUGGAAGAUACAGCUUCGUUUGCCGCUGACUGUGUGUCGCUGUUUCAUUAAGUAGGCAAUGAAAUCUUGAAGAGAAAAGCGAAGAGAAAACUACAAGUUCCAAUAUUUCUCGAGAAGAAUGCCGUGAGAAAUGUAUAGAUUAUAAAUAGCAAUUGAGUAGUUAGCUAGACAUUGUUGAAGCGAUAGUCUUUAUAAUUUGAUAGAAAGUGAGAAUGAGUGAAUGCGUGAGGCAAAUGCUGUUGUCAAUACGUAUAGAUCUAAAGUAAGGCAUCUGAAACACGUUGUCAUUAACAUUAGAAUUAUUACAUAUGUAUAUUCGUGCCGGCGUAAAAGGUAUAACGCUUAAGUAACUUAUAAAUAGCAUUGAACCACACUCUUUGACGUGGCUCGAUCUUAUUUAAAUAAAUUCAGUGAAAAAGAUGCGUUCAUGAGACACUCUCAAAUUUUUGAAUUUCAUAAUUGCAACUUGUUCUCUGAGUAGUGACAAUUCUCUUUGUUUCAGUAUUUUGUAGAACUGUGCAAUAAUUGUGCAAUAAUUUUGUUGAAUAGUUCUUUAUAAUUUGUUACAUGAUCAAUGUAAGCAGUUUUAGUAUUUA